AAGAAAAACUUUCCUAAUUAGAUCAAGCUUCGUCGUUAUCUCUCUUCUCUUUGGAUUUUUUCAUAUAUAAUUUUAUUUAUUUUCACGCGAAAUGGGAAGGGGUAGGGUUGAAUUGAAGAGGAUAGAGAACAAGAUCAAUAGACAAGUGACAUUCUCGAAAAGAAGAGCUGGUCUUUUGAAGAAAGCUCAGGAGAUCUCUGUUCUUUGUGAUGCCGAGGUUUCCCUUAUUGUCUUCUCCCAUAAAGGGAAACUAUUCGAGUACUCAUCUGAAUCUUGCAUGGAGAAGGUCCUAGAACGCUACGAGAGGUACUCUUACGCCGAGAGACAGCUGACUGCGCCUGACUCCCACGUUAAUGCACAGACGAACUGGUCAAUGGAGCAUAUCAGGCUUAGGGAUAAGAUUGAGCUUUUGGAGAGGAACCAAAGGCAUUAUCUGGGAGAAGACUUGGAAUCAAUGACUCUCAAGGAGCUCCAGAAUUUGGAACAGCAGCUCGACAUUGCUCUUAGGCACAUUCGCUCCAUAAAAAAUCAACUUAUGUAUGAGUCCCUCAACCACCUCCACAGAAAGGAGAAGGAGAUACAGGACGAAAACAGCAUGCUUACCAAACAGAUAAAGGAGAGGGAAAACAUCCUAAGGACACAACAAAACCAAUGCUGGCAGCAGAACCAAAACGACUAUGUACCACCGCCGCAACAGUUUCAACCACCACAUCCUUACAUGAUCACUCAUCAGGCUUCUCCUUUCCUAAAUAUGGGUGGUAUGUACCAAGGAGAAGAUCAAACGGCGAUGAGGAGGAACAAUCUGGAUCUGACUCUUGAACCCGUUUACAAUUGCAACCUUGGUUGUUACGCCGCUUGAAUAGACUCCAUCGAUCAAUCAUCAUAAUAUAAGAUCGAUCCUCUCUAGUACACAAGAUCUAUAAACUCUAUUUUUACCGUAAUAAAUAGUAUCAUCUCAUCAUCAUCAAGCCUUUUUCCCAUUCAGCAUUUCUUGUAUUUUGAGGAGAAUAAAUGUAAUCUUCGGGAACGGAGAGAUAGAGAGCUAGAGAGAAUUCUUGUCCGAACCUUUUAUAUAUU